CGAUGACGCUACCCUCGAGCACCUGUUAUCCUGGAAGCUUGACGUGUCUAGUCCUGCCAGGGAAUUUGUUGUUCAAGAUGCCUCUUCACCUCCUCGGCAAGAAGUCAUGGAAUGUCUACAACACAGGGAACAUCGAGCGCGUUCGGCGCGACGAAGCCCAGGCAAAAGCCCGAGAGGAGGAAGAGGAACGUCGUAUGCAGGAAGUUGAUGCUGAUCGAAGGAUUCAAAUACUCCGCGGCGAACGGCCUUCGACGCCACCUCCGCCGCCCUCAGCACCAUCCGCCUCCCAACCAGACCGGAAAGCCUACACCGAUGAUACAGGACGAUCGCGGAAAAGAAGACGCCUAGCAGGGGAAAAUGACACCGACAGGGACAUCAGGGUUGCGCGGGAAAACGCACAGUCAGCACUGGUUAGGCGGGAACAACAAGCCCCCGCACGUUCGAGUGAUGCGCCACUUCACGAUAGUACUGGCCACAUUGAUCUGUUUCCUUCAGAGGCGAAGCACAAGCCCGUAGAGAAGAAUGCAGAAGCAGAGAAAGAAGCGGCAGAAAAGCGGCGAGGCUACGAAGAUCAAUACACGAUGCGAUUCUCCAACGCGGCGGGUUAUCGACAACCCGUGGGCCAAGCCCCGUGGUAUUCGUCUUCGCAGCGUGAGGGUAUAGAUCUUGAAUCUGCGUUAAGCAAGGAUGUCUGGGGAAAUGAGGAUCCCCUGAGGAGGGAGAGGGAGAAAGCUCGCAUGAACGUCAAUGACCCGCUCGCGGCCAUGAGAAAAGGUGUUCGCCAGCUGAAGGCGGUUGAACAGGAAAGAAAACGGUGGAAUGACGAACGGAAUCGAGAGUUGGAAGCUCUGAAAAUGACCGAAAAGCGCCGGUCUUCUCACCGCAGCAGGAGAUCGCC